AUGAUUUACCUACAAGGAAAGAAUCGACCGAUCGGCAUUAAGGAAGAGGACAUAAACGAUGAGAAUUACCUCCUCAUAAAAAACAUUCUCAAGGAUGAACACGUGCAUGUACAUAGCUGGAUAGAAGUCAGUCUGGUCUACUACAAGAAAAAUCACUACAAGCUUUUUUUGGACCUAACCAAAGAGGGGGAAAUUUUUUAUCUGACGAAGGAUGCUGGGAGGGGGGUGGAGAAGGAACCAGACGAGAGGGACACCUCGAAAGACGGAUCCAAUUUUUACACCCUCCUUCUGUUGUAUCACUUGGAAAAAAUAAUGAAUGUCAAGAAUGUGAGCAAGGAGGAUGAGUUGAAAAUAAAACUGGAGAAUUUAAUCAAUCAGAUUGAGCGGAGGAGGAGUGACGUUCUCCUCAAGGGGGUGGAAGUCGAUAUGCCCAAUGGUAUACCAGGCGGGGUGUCAAUCGGGGUAUCAAUCGAUGGGUCAAAUAAACCGCAGCGGUCCAUUCCGUGGGAGACCUACGACUACUUGUCCCCACACCUACCUAAAGCCAUCUACAACGUCAAUAUGUACCUGUAUCUGCUGAACAAGUAUGACCGGAAGAGCGGCGCCAACUACUUCCAGCAGCCCAGGACUUCCCCCCUCGAUGGCGAAGACGAGGAUGAUGAGAAGAAGGACGCAUCAGAGGAGAAGAUAAAAAAUGAAUACAUUAAUCCGUUGAAUUAUUUGAUGGAGAGUAUAUCUAUACUAACCGAUUUGGUAAAAAAGAACAAGUACGAUUUUGUCGCCUCGAUUUAUUUGUCCCUCUCGUUAUGUCUGACGUACAAGUUGGAUCUCUGCAUUGAGUUUUCCUCCCACGUCCUGAUAAGGGUUCUAAAUUUGCAGAAUUUUCUAAACGAUAUUGUUUCUACCUAUCGGGGGGUGUUAAAUCCUGUGGGGAAGGAAUCUCCCAGCAUGGAGAAGGGAGCCACCACCUGGUUGUCCAAAUUUAUCAGUUCUGCAAAAGGGCCGAAUGAAAGUACUGAUAAGCGUGGAGAUAAGGAUAGCCCGUUUGGUGGAAGGGAGCAUACGGCGAGGGAAGAGCACCUCUAUAAGUGCAUUCGAUUAAACAAUUUACUAACCACCCUGAGAAGACUCAAGGGAAUAAUAAAAUACAUAAUUGGCAUCUGCUAUGUGAAGAAGAAGGAGUGGAGUACGGCCUCCUUCUGCCUAACUGAAGCGAUCAAAAUGGAUGGCCAGCCCCAGGCGUACUUAACUAACGGGUGGCUACUCCUGAUGAACUAUUUGGGAAAAAUUGCUGACUGCAACGAUUUUGUGAGAGAAGGGAUCCAUUGGGAGGUUAGAAGUGGAGGCUUGGUACAUAUCAAAGAGGAGGAGUCCCCCCAUUUGGAGUCUCUCCCCGAUGGGUGGGAUAAAAAUGAUCUUCGAAAAAUCCCCAUUAGGGACGUCAUUAACCUGACGCUGCUACGUUAUUACGAUUAUUUGAGAGGCGGUAUAGUGAAGUAUUCCAAAGGGGUGGAAACCUUUCUGAUGAGAGAAAGCUCAUCUUCUUAUUCUUAUCACAUCGAUAAGAACGACAUAUACGAGUACGACGAAGCGAUCGAGAUGACGAACAGUGAAGGUGUGUACCUGAAGAAGAAUCACGAGCAUGUGCAUCUCUCCGAGAGGAUGAUUUAUCUGUACCUGGAUUUGUGCGAAAUAUGGCUGAUGCAGGGAAAUACAAAAUCGGUUUCGCUUCUAAAACUGAUGAAGGAUAAGAUACACUUUAAUUAUGUCGAUAAGAAGUGCCUCUCAAAGUACUACUUCCUCAUUGGCAUGUAUUACCAUCACAUUGUGCGAAACAUCAGGAGGGCACUCAAGUACUACCACAAAAGUCUGCAGAUCUAUGGCAACCACGUCAGCAGGUACUAUCAUACCAUCUGUUUGCUUUACCUGAGGAGGUAUACUAAAGCUAAGAAGAACAUUUUGUUUUUUUUUCAAAAAUGUAAAAAUGCCUACUUCGUUAAAUUGUAUGUUUUCUUUUUUCUCCACACGGCGAAUUUAUUUUUAAAUUUUAACCUCCUGUGUGAGGGCAGCAGUGAGGCACUUCCCCAUGGGGGGCCGACAGUGGGGGGUGAGGCAGUCUCUCAUAGCAUUCGGAGUACCACUCAGAGUACCACUCGAGGGGAGGAAACGAAACAGGGCAACGACAAUGCAGCACAUGUCUCUGUUCGAAGCAAAUAUAUGAAGAGCACCCCAAAUGACAGCUGCAAGAAAAUUGUCCUAAAAAUGCUGCAACACCUGAUGGACGUUCUGGAAGCGCACCAUUAUAUGUUUCAUAUCGAUUUGGACAUCAAACUGAUGAGAGUGAAGAUACGUGAACUGCUCCUAACGAAGUAUAACCAAGACGAGAUGGUGGCCUACAACAAGGAGCUAAGCGAAAUGGAACCUGUUAGAACCUUUUUCAGACAAAGAAAUAAGCCUCGCAAAAUAUCCUACGAGUUGAUAAACAAUUAUGUCAUCUCUCUUUUUUUUUGCGACCAGAAGGAACGCAGUGUGGAGUUAAUGGAGCUGCUAAAGAGGGAGGUGUUCCUCAAGGUGAAGCGCUUCUCCAGUUACUACUCCUAUGCGUUUUGCGGUAAGCCUCCCGAUCCGCGACUGUCGCGGGGGAGGGAAGAACAUAAGUUUGGCCGUUCCAUGGCAGGGGCACUCUCCAGUACAGGGAACAUCGCUCGGAAGCGCAGCGCGGCCUCUCCGGGGUGCACGAAGAAGAAGUCUAAGCGGGGUGGAAUCGGGUCCCCCUGUGAAGAAGUCACUACAGAAAUUGCGCCCUGUGAAGAGGUCAUUACAGAAACGGCACCCCGCGAAGAGGCCAGUACGUGGGAGGCCAAACAAAAGAGAGGAGACCUCCUCCGCCUAACCCUGCGCCGAAACAAACUAAAGCUGUGCCACAUGCACGCCAUGCUCCGCCACCAUCGAAUCAGAGAGGCCAAGCUAGCCAUGGUGAGUCACGGAGCGAAGCUUCCCCAUCAUGUAUACAUAAAAAGAAGCAACAGGAAAAGGUACAGGGAAAUAAUUAACUACCUGAAGAGGAUCUACAUCACCAUUUCCUUUAACAGCGCAGUGCUGGCAGAAUACCUAGGUUAUAAGGACCCCCCCAUGCAGACGUACAAAUUGUAUACAAAGCUGUAUAAGACGUAUGAAGGGGCCUUCGUUAGGUUAGCAAAUGUAUACAUAAAGAUGAAGAAAUUUUCCAAGGCAAAGGAAGUCAUAGAAAAGGGAUUGCAGACAAAUCCAAAGUCAGUAAACCUCCUGCUACAGAAGGUUUACCUACAUGUGGAGAGGAAGAACUACGAUUAUUGUAUAUACACAUUGGAGAAGCUAAAAAAAAGUGAAGACCUACAAGAUGAUGUCUUGAUUAACACCUAUUUGGCCAUCAUCAAAUUUUUUAACCUUAAAAGGGGAAAAAAUAAAGAAGAGAAAAAUCAGCUAGUAAACGAAAUUUACUCUCACAUAAGUCUGUUAGGAAGAAGCAGGAACAACUUCUUCGUGUCGAGCUUAAUAUCGAUACUGCUGAGCGUUAAUCACAAGGUUGAUCUGUCCAGUGAAGCGUUCCAGUUCCUAAUUGACUCAAAUGAGAAACUGACUUUUUACUACAAAUCAGCGUUACGAAAUUUUGUCCUCCACAUGUUUAACCACCUGAUGAGAACAAACCAUGUGAUGAAUAAUAAGUUAUUUUUAAAAAAAUUAAAUCUGUUUUUUAAUUUAAGCUUAAAGAAUGGUAUUAACGACAAGCCGUUUCUUCUCUGCUAUGCGAAUUUUCUACAUCUAAUUGAGAAGUUUGAAGAUGCCAUUGUUCUGCUGUACAGCGCGUAUGUGAAGUGGCCUCACGACUUGUCCAUUUUGAAUACCCUGAUCAUUUGCAUCGAUUCAUUCGUUUCGAAAUAUCUUAGUUCCGAUUACGUCGAGUUGACCGAUAUUCUCCUCAUGGGGGAUUUGAUUGCUUUCUCCUUCUGCGCCAUCCACACCCUGCUGCGCUUCAAGCGCCUCGCCACCUCGGCGGAGCUCCUCGCUUCGGAUGAACGACACAACUACUACAAAGAAGGCGAUCUCAUCAUCGAAGUAAGGAGGAAAGACAUCGAGCAUCUAGCUAGCAGGAAGUACCUAAUCAGCACGUACAGAAAGUUCGAGGAGAAAAUAAAGCCAUACAUUGAAAGCAGCGUGCCUAGUAUGGUCAGACAGAAAAAAAUGUAUAACCAGAAAAAGAUAAAUUUACAGAGAAAAAUUUACGAGGAAAAAAAGAAGAAGAAAAAUAUGGAAAUGAAAAAACUAAAGAGUCAGGAAAGUCUCCAUGAGGAACUGCUCAGGGAUGUUAGCGAACUGACGUACCACAUGACCCAGCGGGAGACGGGAAUGCUCACCCUGGGGGGAGAAGAAAAGGACGCCGCGCAGGAAGAGGAGGGAGAAGUGCAUCCACGGUUGGAUCAUCCAGAAGAGGAGCAAAUCGAGAAGGACGAUGAAAAGGAACAGGAGGAGAAGAAGCAGAAAAAGGAGCCGGCGAAGGAGAACAACCCUGGGAAGGGAAGCAACUCCGACGGUGAUCCGCAAUACGUGGAAACCUCGUCCAGCAGCUCAGAUCUCUUCGAGGAGAAGAAGCCCAAGAAAAGGAAAAAAGUAAUAGACUGA